UGGACCACUUGUUCAGUUGAUGGAAAAUCCAGUGGUCCAAUUGUCCUUCCACCACCACCACCGUCCAAUUGUUCUUCCACCUCCACCACACGGUGGUGGUGGUGGUGGUGGUGGUUGUCCAUGGCUUGUUUCCUCAACAAAACCGAGCCAUCCAUCUGUUAAUGGCCACUCAUCAUCUUUAACUGUUUCCUUUCUCUGUCUGUCAUCUGAGCGAAGACUCUUGACUUCGUACCAGCCAUGAAGUUCCUCACUUUAAUGCUCAGACUGAACUUUCAGAUAACCUUAGGGGACUCGAGACUUCGAUGGAACGUUUUACUCAUGCCUCUUCGUUUCCUUUUCAAGGUUCUGUGACGGAGAUGGAGUUCCAGGACCUGUUUUGCCCAUCUCAGAGUCCCAAAUAUGACUGCCUUCUCUUUGAUUUAGAUGACACCCUUUAUCCGCUCAGUUGUGGCAUUGCCAAAGGAUGCCUGGAGAAUAUUCAAGAUUAUAUGGUUGAAAAGCUUGGCAUAGAUGAGAGCAAAUUGGAUGCUCUGUGCAACCUCCUGUACAAAAACUAUGGGACAACAAUGGCUGGUCUCAGGGGGAUUGGCUAUGACUUCGAUUAUGACCAGUACCAUAGUUUCGUCCACGGAAGAUUGCCCUAUGAAAACUUGAAACCAGACCCGGUACUUCGGAGUCUCUUGCUCAGCCUGCCAUACCGCAAAAUUAUAUUCACGAAUGCGGAUAAGAUCCAUGCCGCAAAAGUUUUGAGCAGGCUCGGCCUUGAAGACUGCUUUGAAGGGAUCAUUUGCUUUGAGACAUUAAACACUGUUCGCGGCAGUGUUGCAUCUGGCGAUGAGGACGACGUUGAGUUUGUGGAAUCACCUGGCAGUGCUAACAGUGGGAGUUCAGAGAUUUUUGACAUCAUCGGGCAUUUUUCAGGACCCAAUCUGGGUUUGGGAUUACCAAAGACGCCAGUUGUAUGUAAACCAUCGGAGGAAGCCAUAGAGCAAGCACUUAGGAUUGCUGACGUCAAUCCUCACAGAACGAUAUUCUUUGAUGAUAGCGUUCGCAACAUACAGGCAGGGAAAAGAGUUGGACUUCACACUGUGCUGAUUGGAACUUCUCAACGGUGUAAAGGCGCAGAUUAUGCAUUGGAAAGCAUCCACAACCUGAGGGAAGCAUUGCCUGAACUAUGGGAAGCUGAUUUGAAGUCGGAAGUCGGUUACUCUGGUGCCAUCGCUGUAGAGACUUCUGUGACAGCUUAGAUAGAAGUUAAUGUGAUCUCUUAAUUGAAGAAUUGGAAUGUUGUUCUGGAAAUCUACGGUCUAUGCUAAAUUUUUAAUUUUGUAGAUGAAGCACAUGUUCAGCUGUAAGCUUUGGUUGUAUAUUAAAAUGUUCUUUUCUGUA